AUGGAUGCGAUGGAUGCGAUUAACACACAUGUGUAUACCUAUAUUUUCCUACCCUAUCACAGUAGAGGUCAAGGCCAGAAAAGCAACAUUUUAGAAACUGGGGAACAAUGUGUGCCGUCGUCUAAUGGGCAGGAAGUGUCAUAUCAACGUUUAUCAAGGACUGGACAAAAGGGGGAAUUUUUGGACUGGAAUAUUGAGAUGAAUAUUCACCCGCCGAGUUAUCCGUAUAUGGUUGGGAAUAUAUUUGAUGCUGCGGAGAGGAUUGGGUUUGAGAUUCUAGGCGAUAUUAAGGAGGGAGAACAUUGGGGUGUCAAGCAGUUGGAGGCUGCCGGACUUCCUCAUUUUACUGAUUUGUUCAUCAUCGGGUCUAAUCGUGAUUGGCAACCAAACUCUAAAAAUGUCUGUCUCGUAUCCGUUCGCGAUGUUGCACAAGAUUUGAAUACUUUUUGA